AAUUGAAAUGUAGAUUUCAAGUUAUUCAUAUUUAACAAAUAACAAACUAGAACACUUAUAUGGCGUGCUUGGUGCUAUACCAAAUUGGCAUUUGUACAAUCUGAUAAAGGGAAAACAAGUCGAAAACAUUUAACGUUCGGUGGAUUUAUAAGACCUAAGCUAUAUAAACCAUAAAAACCGGCUCAAUGUAGUUGAAUUUGGGCCAAAAUGCUACCACGUUUGCUGCUGCCUAUUAUUGGAGGAGUAUUAAUACUUUUGAUAGUGGAUCAAUGCUGUGGCAAGCGCAAGUGGGACUACGAACCGCUGUCCAUUGAAACCUACUCCACGGAUGAAAGUAUGCUGAAGAUGGUGGCCAAAGUGGAGCGAGUCGGUCGGGGAGCAUAUGCCAUUUCGGCCAACAUCGAAUUUAAGUACACACCAGACGAUAAUACCAUGGUUGAAGCAAUGGCCUAUCGAAGCACCUCCGGGGACGAAAACGACUACAAGAUCAUACCGCUUAGCAUCCCGAAACAGCCAUAUGUGGAGUUCAUGAACAACCAUUAUAAGGACGUAGUGCUUCCCAAUCUGGGCGGUUGCUCCAAUCUGGUCAAGUUCGAUGACAAAUUCGAGCCACCGUGGCCCCAGGAUACGUACGUGCUGGACAAAUGUGUGGCAAACAGUGAUGGCUUUCCGGAUAUGGUUCCCGAGGGCUACUACAAGGUCAAUUUCACCAUGAUGAAUCCCGUGGAUUGGGGAUUCAUUCUCAUUGUGAAGAUAACCACCAAACUUGUCUGAUCUCCACAUGUGCAAUCACUUAUCUAUGUAUUAUCAAAAGUAACUAUAUUCCUAUAUAAAAAGCAUGUAGAGAGUAGUUGGCAUAAAAAGCAAUAAAAUCAGCAUCAAAGACACUUCGAAAC